AGAGAGAGAUGCUGGGGGAAUUACCAGCGGAGAGACACGGGUAGAGAAAUGGAGCGUACUUUUUGGUGAUUGAGGGGGACCUACUCUGACUCCCGUAGGCAGAAGCGGUAGUUCUCUCCCAAGGACAAGCAUAUGUUUCCAAAUUCCACCCUGGGUGGUGGACAUAUCUGGAUAUUAAUUAGCUAAACAUAAAUGAAAAUCGCCUGGAACGACAGCAAGGCAAUCCCGGAAAUAACAGACGUACCCUCAGCCGGUCACGUAGGCUGCGCUACUGGAGCUCUGCGUUCCAGAUAGAAACAUCAUCCCAAGCUUCAGAAUAUCAGAAAACAUUUCAAUAGAAGACAAAUGUGAAAAUAUUUCAAGAAAAACCACGAAUGAAAGAAACUGAGGCAUAUUCGGAGCUAUUCGGACUUUUUAAUAUGAAACUUUCCAACGCUGCGGCACCGCUCCUCUCUCGCAGACUCGGCAGUUGUACUACACACCCUCUCGCACAGUGGCUCUGGUAAAAAAUGAGGCGAGGACGUGGGCUACGUGCACAUCCAGCACUAGACGAUAUGAAAUGGAGAGCUUGGAACACACGGACCUUUUAAAUCCAAGCUCUUCCCACGGACAUCGCAGUUUUUCAGCCUCGCAUGAGAGAGUGACAAACGGUGAACACAUAUUCGGAGCUGCCGAGCAUCACCCUUUCCAGACCAACAUGGGACUAAAUGGACUAAAUAGAUACUGCCCGGGCAUGGCGCCUGUUGGGAGCGCCACGGCUGCGGAGUUACUGUCAGGUCUGUCUUCCAAAGCAAGCUCUUCCGGAAUCAUGGUUUUAAAGAAGCAGCCGAAUGCUGCGCUGCCGUUCUAUAACGGCGGGAUCGUGUCUCCGUCCGCAACCAUUGAGGGCAGCCACAGUGGGGUUUUGGCGCAAACUCCCAAUGGUUGUCCUCUGCAAGCGAGGGGGGUGGGGGAGACACCGAAUGGCCUUGCGCAACCCCUCGGCAACAGAGCACGCCUCCUGGAGAAUGGGGACAGAGCACAACAUGAGAAAUGUGCUCUUCUAGUGAAGAGGGCCAAUGGUGACCCGCAGGUCAAACCGCACCAUCGGAAGCGGAGAGGCGGGGAGAACCGGGACAUGGGUCUGGAGAUGCCCAAAGGUUGUGGCUUGUCAGCGGGGUCAGGUCUAGGAUCUCUAGGUAUGAUGUUCUACGGACCAGGAGAGUCCAUAACCCCGGACUGCAAACGGAGACUAGUGGCGGAGAGUGACGUUCACAAAGCAGAGCCCUCCAAACCAGGCAAGGCGGUUCCGCUCGCUGCUAACGGCGACAACAGCGUCCACACUAACCGUAGCAACCACAACCACGGCGCCACCCCUCACCCCCCUUUGCCCGCCCCUCACAGCAACAAGCUGCACCACAAUGUACACAAGGUGACACAGCUGAGCACCGGGUCCGUUCCAGACCAGACGUCCCCAGUAGAGUCCAACAGCAUCCCGUCUCUACGGUUACAGGCCGGGGAGGGCUGGUCGGCGGAGCAUAUCGCCCAGAAGUACAUCGUGCCUUGUAUGAAUUCCUACGGUAUCUGUGUGAAGGACAGCUUCCUGGGGCCACGGCUGGGUGAGUCGGUGAUGGGCGAGGUGGAGAGUCUGAAUCGCAGUGGGAAGUUCCGCGGCGGUCAGCUGGUUAGCCAGAGGAGCAUCCCUUCGCGGAGUAUCCGUGGAGACCAGAUCGCUUGGGUGGAGGGGCACGAGCCGGGGUGUGAGGGCAUCGCCACGCUGAUGGCACACAUCGACGAGGCCGUGAUGCACAGCGCUGCCAACGGGCAGCUGGGGGACUGUGUCAUCAACGGGCGCACCAAGGCUAUGGUGGCCUGUUACCCAGGUAACGGCACGGGGUACAUCCGUCACGUGGACAACCCUAACGGUGACGGCCGCUGCAUCACCUGCAUUUACUAUCUCAACAAGAACUGGGAUGUCAAGGUUCAAGGAGGUCUGUUGCAGAUCUAUCCAGAGGGGAAGAGUGUGGUGGCCAACAUAGAACCGCUGUUUGACCGUCUGCUCAUCUUCUGGUCCGACCGCAGGAACCCACACGAGGUUAAGCCAGCCUACGCUACACGCUAUGCCAUCACUGUCUGGUACUUUGAUGCCAAGGAGCGGGCCGAGGCCAAAGAGAAGUACAGAUUGGCAACCGGACAGAAAGGUGUUCAAGUGCCCGUCACUCAAAACAACAAAACCUAAAUCCCGUCCAACCCCCCCCCCCACGAGUGCUUUCUGGAUGUGCAUGUGCCUACCCGCGCUGCUAUUGGACAUUUUAUUCUGAGGGGAGACGCUGUAAACCCAGCAGGCCCUGCCCACUCUGUCUCUGUCAGUCGUCUGAAACAGCUCUUGAUUGGCUGUGAGGAAAUACGGCAGCAUCUGAUUGGGCGGUUGAGGGAAAGGGGGCGGAGAUGGAACACGGUGGAAUCAGUUGGUGAGAAGAGCGAGGCAGGGUCAGACUAACUCAGGUGGCAUAAGGGCCGAAGAGGAUGAAGAUGACUCAUCUUAAUCACAGAAGUAAAAAAAAAUUUGUAAAUAAUUUGCCCUUUCAAUUAUCAUCGCUGUUUCUAUUAUAAUCAGAAAGCAAUCUUCUCUGCUCAGCUCAGUCAAAAGAUGAGGGUAUUUUGUCCAAUCAGAAAGCAGGCCUAAGGAGACAGGAGCACCCUCUGUAUGGUCGGAGGAAAACGAUUGCAUCCGGUUUUCAGGGGAAAUGGAAAGCGAGCCUGUGACGCGACUUCCACUUUUGGACGUUAGCAAUCUUAACUCCUCCAAAUGUACUAGAUUGGUUCAACAGUGCAGAACAGAACCUCCCCCAACAUUUUUUUUCUUUCUUCUCUCCCAUCAGGUUAGAACAGGACAGUUAGGGAAAUGUGUUUGGAGGGCCUGACCAUCACACACAUCGUGACACAUCCAGCAUGUUGCCUCAGCUACAUCCAGCCGUCAAUCAACAACGCGCCGUUAAAGAGGAAGUGACCUCACAGGAAAUGAACCAUUACAUAUCAUACAGCAGGGUGGCAUUCAGCUUCUCCCAGCAGUCAUGUUGCUGGAGAAACUGUUAGGGUUAGCCACCUGCCACCAGCGUACAGAGAAGACUGAAGACUCUCUUUAACGCGGAGAAGACUGAAGACUCUAUUCAACUCGACUUUUAACUCGACUAGUCAUACAGAUAAAGUGCUUUCAACAGCCUCCUCAAUAAUGUUUGUUUGUUCGUGCGACAGCCAGUGAGAAUCUAAGGAGUGUGCCAUGUCGGGAACGCAAUGUAACAAUUCCAAGAGCAUGUUUUUGUUUGUGAAACGUUUUGAAGGCGGCGCCGACGCAAAGCUCACACAGACACUUCCACAAAAACACUGGAACCUGUGCAAGCCGUCGGUAGGUCGGGUCGAAACAGGGUUUGCUGAAUGUUUCUAGGGUGUAUUUUGUUGACGUGUGUACGACUGUGUGCAUCUGUGUACGUGUGUGAGGGAGUGUAAGAAGAUGUACUGUACAAGCAAACCUGUUUCUAGUACGUUAGUGGUCCCAAUUGCACCUGUAUGCCCCAACCCUACUGGUACCAAGACUAGAAGCUGCAUCAGCACUAUCAACAUCACCUACAGUGCAUUCUGGUCUACUCACACAUACAAUCGAUUGGACACGGUUAACCACGACAUCUGAAUUGAACCUGACCCCAAACCCUCAGUCAACCUUGUUCAAUUCCACAGAAGCAAACGUUAAAGCACAGAAGGGUCUGUGUGAAAGACCAGUGGUCCUUCUGUAGCUCAGUUGGUAGAGCAUGGCGCUUGUAACGCCAGGGUAGUGGGUUCGAUUCCCGGGACCACCCAUACGUAGAAUGUAUGCACACAUGACUGUAAGUCGCUUUGGAUAAAA